CGACGCCGACGUUCCUCCAGUCCAGUUGGUGGCGCUAACAAGACUUCUCGGGAAGCGCGCAUGCGCAGUGUACACGGACGUAUUAGAGGCGCAGCAGAGGAGCCAUGCGGGCGGAGAGGAGCUGGUCGCCGCUGUUAGAUCGGAGGAAUUCAUCGUAAAAAAACAACAACAAAAUCCCACAUUGUUGCUGUUCAAGUCUAGGAUUAUUUAAAUUGACGUAUUGAAUUAAAUAAGAGCGUUUCGCGAGGAAACAUGGGCCGGUCAAAGUCAAGGAACCAGAAAAAGUCCCGGUCGGAGGCCACCCAUUUGGCCGAGGAGACGUACCGAAGUGUCCCCCAUUCCUUCGUCUUCCACCGGGGCCAGGUUGGGAAGAACAUCAGUCAGCUCAUAUUGGACAUCAGGAGAGUCAUGAAACCCUACACUGCUGAGCAAUUAAAGGUCAGGAAAAAGAAUGUGCUGAAAGACUUUGUAGCUGUAGCAGGACCACUGGGAGUGACACACUUCAUCAUCUUCAGCAAGUCGGAGAACAAUCUCACUAUGAGGAUGGCUCGACUCCCCAAAGGACCCAUGCUUUAUUUUAAAGUGCUGAAGUACACGCUCGUCAAAGACGUGGUCUCAUCUCUGAAGAGGCACCGGAUGCACGAGGAGCAGUUCAAGCACCACCCGCUGCUCAUUCUCAACAACUUUGGCUCUCACGGGAUGCACGUCAAACUCAUGGCCACCAUGUUCCAGAACAUGUUUCCCUCCAUCAACGUGCACACGGUGGGCCUCAACACCAUCAAGAGGGCCGUGCUGCUGAAUUACAACAAAGAGUCGCAGGAAAUUGAAUUCCGCCACUACAGCCUGAAGGUGGUCCCGGUGGGUAUGAGCCGUGGCGUGAAGAAGCUGAUGCAGGAGAAGUUCCCCAACAUGAGCAAGUUUGAGGACAUCAGCGAGCUGAUGCUGAAAGGAGCGAACCUGUCGGAAAGUGAAGCCGAACAAGACGGCGACCAUAACAUCACCGAGCUGCCGCAGGUCUACUCCGGCCGAGGCAACAUGGCCUCCCAGCAGAGCGCCAUCCGUCUGACGGAGAUCGGUCCUCGCAUGACGCUUCAGCUGAUCAAGAUCCAAGAAGGCAUGGUGGAAGGGAACAUCCUCUAUCACGCCAAUAUCUCCAAGACGGAGGAGGAAAUCCAGGAGAUCCUGCAAAGAAAGGAGUCCCGGAUGAAGGAGAAAGAACAGCGCAAGAAGAUGCAGGAGCAGAACAUCGAUCGCAAGAAAGCCCAGAAGGACGAGCACAAGAAGAAGAGCCUGGCAGGCAUCAAGAGGAAAUGCGCAGACAAUCCGGAGGAGGAGGACAGUGAAGUGGAGGAUCCGGGCGCCCAGGACGAUCGACCGGCUCCCGUGGAAUCGGAUGAUGAGGCGGAGUACUACAGGCAGGCUGUAGGGGCGGAGCCAGAUGAAGAUAUGUUCCCAGCAGCAAAGAGGAGAAUCAAAGAUGGAUCUCACGGACCUGCCAGAAAGAUGAGGAAGCUCUCUGCUGGUGACAAAGGAAAAGGCGGUAUGCCUCCAAGGAAAACUGGCAAAGGAGAUUGGCAUAAAGACAAAAACGACGACCGAGCUAAAAAACCUUUCGGAAAGAAAGGUGGCGAUCGAGAGAAAAAGCCUUUUGGACAGAAAGGUGGCGACCGAGAGAAAAAACCUUUUGGACAGAAAGGUGGUGACCGAGGGAAAAAACCUUUUGGACAGAAAGGUGGUGACCGAGGGAAAAAACCUUUUGGACAGAAAGGUGGUGACCGAGAGAAAAAACCUUUUGGACAGAAAGGUGGUGACCGAGAGAAAAAACCUUUUGGACAGAAAGGGUCACCUGGAGGAAAGCCAUUCAGAAAACCAAGCGACAGAGAUAACCGAUUUGGCGGUAAGAAGAAAUUUGAAGGAAAGAGAACUUUUGGUGGGAAAGUAAAUAAAGACAAAGCGUUCCAAUCUUCCAAGAGCCAUAAAAACAGCGUGGCCUUCAGGAAGAAGAAAAGUGGUGGAGAAGCAAAGCAAGGAUUCAAACACAAGAAGGGAAAAGGCUGAGCUGAACUUGCUGUAAAGUUCUUUUUUCCGACUGUGUAAUUGUGAAUAUUGUUUAAUAAAUGAAAUGUAUUUCAUCCUUUCAA